AAAUAUAGUCUUUGUAAACUGCAUACUCUCUAAUUACAAACACAGGCCAAACCAUGUUCAUUCAUGCAACUUCUACCCAAAACUUCUUUGGCAAAAUAAGGUGCAAGACAUUCAUGAUUCAUGAAAUUGAUCUAUUCCAUAAUCUGAUUGGUUUUACUAUAGCCUAACAUUAUGAACUAUAUAUGGAGAGAUUUCAAGCUGAAGUAAGCAUCCCAUGUAAGAGUGGCUGAUCCAUCAAAUGCAGACACCUCGAGUCACAACGAUACAAGUCCGAGUCGAUUGUAACGGAUGUGCGCAGAAGAUCAAGAAAGCACUCAAUGGCAUCAAUGGUAUACAUGAUCUUCUCGUUGACUUCGAUCGACAAAGGCUAACAGUUAUUGGAUGGGCAGAUCCAGAAAAUAUUGUCAAAGCAGUUAAGAAGAAGGCAAAGAAGAAUGCCACCAUUAUUUGUUCCAAUAUUGAACUAACACCUUCAUCUAAAGAUUCUAAACCAACAAAACAAAAACCAAAAGAAAAUAUUCUAGCUCCACAAGCUCAAGGAACCUCCUUUCCGGAACUAAUACUUGAGGCAACACCAUCAUCACCAACACCUACAUGGCACAAUGCAAGACAACACUGGCAAAACAAUAUAGGAACUGAAAAUGUAGAAAAGGCUCACAUGUCACACCAUCAUCAGCCUAACUAUGUUAACAGAAUCGGUUCCAGGAACAACUAUGUUGACCAUAGAGACAGAUUAUACCACAAUGACCCUGUAUUUCUACAAGAGCCAUCUAAAAUACAACCAUUGAAUGUCAUACAUAGUUAUAAUACACACAUGCCAUCAUCUCAUAUCACUGAAUAUGAAUGUGUUAGAUCACCAUCAUGGCACACACAUUACAACCAUAUAGAACACUACAAUGGAGACUACAAUAACAACAAUGUAGAUAUAGCAGCCAUGUUCAGCGAUGACAAUCCCAAUGCAUGUACCAUAGUCUAGUAUAGUGCCUUAGACAUAGAGGAGAGAGACACUACAUGAAAAGUAAAGGUCCAAUUUGCUUUCCAAUAUCAUGAUUCUGUAACAUAGUAUCAUUCGAAAUUUAGGUAGAAAAUAAAAAUGCUUUUUAGUUUGCAUGAGACGUAAGAAGGGAAAACAAGAAUAAUAUCCCUAUCUUCUGUACUGAAUAACCUCUACUGUAUGAUUCCUUUCGUCAAAGCAAAAAAGCACUUCAUAUGUAAAUAUAUGCAAUUUCCUGAA